CUUCCUCCAUGUCCGAUGUCCAAGUGAGACCCCACUCCUCGCAAGUGAUUGUUUAUCCAGCUCACAGGUUGCCUUUUGAUUUGAUUUUCUUUUGCACAACAUCACACAAGGGCUUUUUGUAGAGACUGAACCUUUGCCAGUCCUGAAUCCCGCCUGAUGCCUAGGUAUCACGGACCUUCCACCCAGCACUUUAUACGACUCGAGACAUCUUAGCAUAUUCACACGCGCACGAUAUCAUCCAAUAUGGAAUGGAUCGAAGAGUUGCACCCUGUGGUAGCACCAGACGUCGAGGACUCCCGUAGCAAGCACGGAAACAUCCCCAAGAUCGAGGUGGCCAUUUGGAUUGUUCUCGGCUUGGCCGCCUCUCUUGUGGUGUUGCGUAUCUACUACCAUCUCUUUCGGGGACGUCACCGUCUAUGGUCUGAUGACUACUUUCUCAUGGCCGCACUGUUAUGUCUUAUUGGCAAUGCUGUUACAAUAUGGGAAUGGGUUCCAUACAAGUUUGAGCCGAAUGUGACCACUACCCCCUCAAAGACUUUUGUUUUGACUGGUAGUUUGAUGGGGCUUUUCAACUCCUUGGCUUUGGCUUUCAGCAAGACAUCUUUGGCCAUCACAUUCAUUCGACUCACAACAGGAUGGUGGAAGAGUAGUUUAGGCCUCUCAGUUUUCGUCAUAGACAUUCUUUUUGCCAUCCAGGCAUGGAGUUACUGGGUGCAGGAUUGCGAUGGCCCGACCGAGCCCUUUCGAGUACAAACCACGAGAGACGGAUGUUUAUCCUUUGAGUCCAUCACAUCUCUUCGGCUCACUGUACAAGUGCUUUCCUGUGGCCUGGAUGCGUAUUUCACUAUCUUACCUUGGAAAAUUGUGCAGUCACUUGAGCUCAAACGAUUCGAAAGGAUCGGCUUGGGCAUUGCAAUGAGUUUCGGUUGCGCAUCUCUCAUUUCCGGUCUAGUGAGAAUGGCCGUCUUACUACGCCUUGCCAAUCAAUCAUAUGAGCAUCAACCAUUCUACGCGGUUGGAGGCUACCUCUUCAAUUACUUUGAACCCAGUUUCUCCAUUGUGGCUGCUUGCAUGCCUGUCCUUCGCAAAGUCGUCAUGGACACGACUUUAUGGGAAAAGAUUGCGUCAGCUUUCAACUGGACCGCACGUCGACACAAGAAGAGACCGCCUCCUACUGUCCUACCAAUAAGCGAAUUCUCGGGAGAUUCUGCAUUCGAGGGUAAAGGCACCUCGGAUAGGACCGACACGACACUGGUGAGACCUGAAACGCCUGCGAUGCCUACGCUCGCUGUAAUACCUGUCUUACCUUCGACACUCAGAACUGAGUGCACUCAUACCAGUCCUCAUCACUGGUUGAAUAUCGCCAAACAAUUGUCUAAUAUGCGUCGCAUGACGUAGAUAUACAAGAACUGACUGAGAGUCGACCGAUUUGAGCAUGUAAAGAUUGGCGAUGCAGCUGUUUGAAAGUACUGUCACCUACUGUGUAACAUACAAGAUGUAUAAACAUCGCUCAAAUUUGACCUGGUCCCAUGCCUAAAUGAAUACAUGAAUUUGAACUAGCAUGUUCAUUUCUCAUCUCAUUUCAAUUGGCGCUAAUGAAACCUCACCAUAUAUAUGUUCGCAAAGGCAUAAGGUUUUGUUGUUUGGAAUCAGCCUUGAGAUAGGGGUCACGCAUAGUCCCUCUAGCUACGGAAAUGCUCAUAUGCCAAUGCAGAGUCUAAAUUCGGUAC